AAAUGUUCAAAGUCAGAGCUGUCAGACAACAAGCAGGACGGGGGACGACAAUAUUUCAUUCCCAUCUGUCAACCGAUUGCAGUGGCCAAAAUGUUCGAGGAGGCGAGUGAAGUGUUCGAUAAUAUGUUCAAAUCUUCCUUUCCCCUCACCUUCAUCGUCUUUAUCCCGGCGGUGCUCAUCCUGGUGUCACCGCUCCCGGCCGAAGCAGCACAUGAGUUCACUGUGUAUCGCAUGCAGCAGUACGACCUGCAGGGACAGCCCUACGGUACCAGAAAUGCCAUCCUGAACACCGAAGCUCGUACUGUGGAGGCGGAGGUGCUAAGUCGCCGCUGUGUCAUCAUGCGGCUGGUGGACUUCUCCUAUGACAAGUAUCAGAAAGCCUUGCGCCAAUCGGCGGGGGCUGUGGUCAUCAUCCUCCCCCAAAAUAUGUCCACUAUGCCCCAGGACAUAGUGCAGCAAUUCAUGGAGCUGGAGCCGGAGAUGUUAUCCACAGAGACCAUCGUCCCGGUCUACUUUGCCAUGGAGGAUGACGAACUGCUGUCCAUUUACACCCAAACCCUCACGUCCUCCUCCUCCCAGGGAGCCUUAUCGGCAGCUGAAGUAUUGCUGCAUACCGCCACUGCCAAUGGCUUCCAAAUGGUCACUAGUGGUGCUCAGAGCAAAGCAAUGAGUGACUGGGCCAUCACCAGUCUGGAGGGCCGCCUGACUGGUGUCGGUGGAGAGGACCCACCCACAAUCGUGGUGGUGGCUCAUUACGACUCCUUUGGAGUAGCUCCGUGGCUGUCGUAUGGCGCCGAUUCAAAUGCAAGCGGAGUGUCUAUGUUACUGGAGCUGGCCCGUCUCUUCUCCAAACUCUACACCUACAAGAGGACACAUGCUGGAUACAACCUGCUGUUCUUUGUAUCUGGUGGAGGAAAGUUCAACUACCAAGGCACCAAACGCUGGCUCGAAGACAAUCUGGACCACACAGAUUCCAGUCUUCUACAGGACAACGUGGCCUUCGUGUUGUGUCUUGACACUUUGGGAAAUGGAGAUGCUCUGCACCUACAUGUGUCCAAACCUCCCAAAGAGGGAACGCCUCAGUAUGCUUUGCUCAAGGAGCUGGAGACUGUGGCGGCCAGCCAGUACCCAGGGAUGAAGUUCUCCAUGGUCCACAAGAAAAUCAACCUGGCCGACGACAUGCUGGCGUGGGAGCACGAGCGCUUCGGGAUCCGCCGCCUGCCGGCCUUCACGCUCUCGCACCUGCCCUCGCACCGCCUGGCCCAGCGCUCCAGCAUCAUGGACGUGCGGUCAGUGUCCCCCUUCCCUCGCUACGGAGCAGGAGAGCCCCCUGCUGGGCCACAUGUAGACAUUGAGAAGCUGAGCAGGAACACAAAGGUCGUAGCAGAGGCUCUGGCCCGUGUCGUGUACAACCUCACAGAAAAGGAAGCCCCCAGCGACCUGCACAUCUUCACUGAACAAAUGCAGGUACAAGAGGAGCACCUGUCCGCCACGGUGGACUGGCUCACAGCACAGCCGCGGGCCGCCCAGCUGGUGGACAAGGACAGCAGUGUGGUGUCCACCCUGGAGUACCAGCUGGGACGCUACCUCAAGGAUGUGAAGAAACACUACGUCAAAGCAGACAAGAGAGAUCCAGAGUUUGUGUUCUACGAUCAGCUGAAGCAGACCAUGAAUGCUUACAGAGUCAAGCCCGCCAUCUUUGACCUGCUGCUGGCCAUCUGCAUCGCUGCCUACCUGGGCGCCAUGUAUCUGGCCAUCCAGAACUUUGGAGUAUUAUACAGCGUGGCGCGGAGAGUAACCCAGUCCAAAGUGAAGGCCCACUAAAGUCGACGACGACACCCUCAAACCCCACAAACUUUUCCGUUUAUUAUUUUUGACACACUCUCAGGGUGCUUUUCAAAGCUGCCCCAAUCAUUCCCAUCAUCCUCUGCUACACACCUAUGAUGUCACUUCCUGUCCUUGCUGCCAACUUGAAAUCUGCACGCUGUUGCAAGUGGUUUGACACUCCCCCCACCUCCACCCUCGUCUUCACCAACGCACUGUUGUCCCUGGCAGCUAGAGGGAUGCAAAUGUGUCUUCCUGUACAAGGACUUUUUUUAUUUGGAAUCUCUUGAACCAAACCGCAAUCUUUUGAGUGAAACUACCUUGAAUCGGUUGGAUGUUUUGAAGUCAUCCACCACAUUAUACUAUGUGGACACAUGAUUGGGUCAAAGUCCGACACCUUGAAGACCAAUACGGGGAAAAAGUUAAUGAUUGAAAAGCACCCGAAAGUCCGCAGUAAUUAGUUGGCAUCAACUCUUACUCUUAAUUUAAAAUGAGCCGUGUAUUAAAAACACAAGCCCAACCGAAAUAUUGUUAACCAAUAAAGUUAAUGUGAAGUAGUAUAUAAGUCACCAUUCAUGUUAAAUGACGAUAUCAGCUCCAGUUUGUCCCCCUUUUUAAAAAAAUAAAAAGAUACAGUAGAUGUUAGUCAAAAUUGAAUCCUUAAAAGUGAUUCUAAUUGUGUUUGUGGCUUGUGUCUUUGUGUUGGACAUUUUUAUUCUUACUUUCCCAAUGUCCUGUGUUUUAACACAGCUAAAGGUAAGAAGCCACAAGUCCAUUUUCUUUUCUAAUCACAGCUUUGUGUGUAAGAGUGCAUCUGCAGUUUGAUAAAUGGCUUUUUUGUUUUUGUUA